AUGUCAGAUAUUAAAGCUAUCAGAAGUGCUGCUUCCGCAGUAGUUUCCGAAAAUGGGCGUGUCUUAGAAAAGUUUGCAAAUCAAGAUCGAAAGGACUACUAUCAUAUCUCUUUGGAAGAAAUGGUUUAUGAAGCAAAGCUUCAAAGGGAGUUGGAGAAGUCUGAGGAUUGGGGGGAAGCGGCUCCAUCUGUGCCAAUGUUGGAAUUGAUCAGGGUUAAAUUCUUCGGAAAACUGCCUCGUUCUUCCGGUUCAGUUUCAAAUUCAAAUUCUGCUGAUGUUGUGGUAGAUACAAAGCAAGAUAGCUCUGAAGGUGAUUAUGACCUUGUUUCCGAGCCACUUAAUAAGAGUUUGGAAAAUGCCAAUAGAAUGGUAAGGACAGCAUCUUGGGGUUCUGUGUUUUACUUGAUUACAACUGAUAUUCUUGGACCCACAAGUGCUCCUUACGCAGUUGCACAGCUCGGCUAUGUCCCGGGAAGUUUGAUAUACUUGUUGUUCGGUAUGGCCGCCGCUUAUACUGGUUACCUUUUGUGGGAUCAGUUCUUGAAACUUGAUUCCCAGAAAUAUCCCUUACAGUCAUUCGGUGACGUUGUGGGGCGUAUUUAUGGUAAGUAUACCAGAUACGGUGUUGAUUGUCUUCAAAUAAUCCAAUUGCUCUUCAAUGUUGCAGUUAUCAUUCUUGGAAAUGGUCAAGGUUUAUCUGAAGUUACGAAGGGUAAAGGAUGCUAUACUGUCUUGAUUUUAGUUUGGGCAAUUCUUGGUAUGAUUGUUGGCCAAAUUAAAUCAUUACAGAAGUUUGGAUUCUUGGCUAAUCUCGCAAUUUGGAUGAAUGUCUUUGUUAUCAUUGCCACUAUGGCUUGCGUCUCUAAUGAGUUACCUGAUUAUACUGCUGCCGGUAUGACUGCUGCGCCUGUGGUUACUCAAGCUGUUAUUAGUGGCGCUGGAUCGACCUCAUUCCAAAAUCAAUUAAGUGCAUGCAUGAAUAUCGUCUACGCUUACGGUGGUGCUAUGGUCUUCAUUGAAUUUAUGUCUGAAAUGAAGAGACCUCGUGAUUUCAUUAAAGGUAUGGCUUGUGCUCAACUCUUUAUUUUCACUUGUUAUCUUCUUUUUGGUUUAAUUGUGUACCACUACCAAGGCCAAUUUGUUGUGAAUCCAGCAAAUCAAGGUAUCAGUCACUACGGGUGGCAAACUGCAACUAACAUUAUUAGUUUACUUUCUGCUAUUAUCGCAGGUGGUCUUUACGGAAAUGUCGGUAUAAAGGUCUUUUAUACAUCUUUCAUCCAAAAAAUCAUGAAUGCACCAGAUCUUCAUACUAAGAAAGGUAGAGUGGUUUGGACCAUUUUAGUUAUUCUUUACUGGGGUUUAGCAUUUGUCGUUGCUUCUGCUAUUCCAGAGUUUUCCUAUUUAACUUCGUUGGUCGGCUCUGUUUGUAUCUUGCAAUUUACUUAUACAUUCCCUCCUAUUAUGCAAUUUGGACUAGACUUACAAAUUGCCGCUAUGCAAGGAGAUGGACCUUAUGACCCAGUCAACAAAGUCGCCAACCGUGUUGAUUCUUGGAAGAACCUCUCUAGAUGGGUUCGUGCUUACAAAGUGAACUGGCUCAGAAAUACAUUUCACAUCAUGUUUUUCUUAGCUUCAUUAGCCACUGCUGGACUUGGUAUCUAUACUUCGGGAGAAGAAUUUGCCAGUUCAUUCGCUGAUGGAGUUACCACAUCUUUCACAUGUGUUUCCCCCGUUGCUUAG